AGCCAGGUCACGACUUGUUUCCUGUUUGGGCAAACCAUUACACAGGUUGGGCAACUGGGCAAAUUUGAUGACAUUCGUGAGAAGGACGCAAUUAAUUAGUUGUUUCUUUAUAGUUUAACAUCAUGUCUUCGUACACAUUCAAAUGGCCAAAAGGUCCUUCUGACGUCAUCCUUACCGGUACCUUCGACAACUGGAGCAAGUCCCUUCCGCUCGUCAAGCAGGCCGACGGCUCAUCAACCCAGCGUAUUGCCCAAGAUGACUCUGGUAUCGACAACAACGUUUUGGAGCCAGUUGAUUUGGAGGCUUUGAGCUCCACCGCCACCACAUCCAAGAUCCCUGAAGCUGGAGGCUUGGCUGCUGCGGCAACCACCACCAACGACGUUUCCACCACCGUCUUGCCUUCUGCCGAAGGCAAGGGUGUCUCCGUUGCCGGUGAACCAGGAAUUUUUGUUCCUAGCAGCGAAGAACAAUUGGCAGCUUUUGCCAAUGUGGAAGAUGUUGAUUCCAGAAACUUGUCUGCUGCUGAAAAGAAGAAGCAAAAGAAGAAGGUGAAGCGUUCGCAAUACAAGGCCAAGAAGAAGAAGAAGGCUGCUGAGGCUGCAGUUGGUGGUGCUGCCAUCGCUACUGCCACUUCUACCACCACCGAAUCUACCGACACCGAUCCAUCCGACAUCGAAGUCGCCAAGGACGAAGUCGCCAAAGAUGAAGUCGUUCACGCUGACGAGGACAAGAACACCAUCGUCAACGUUCCAGUCGACCACCCAGCCGACGCCAAGCCCGUCCUGAAGGAAGCUCCAGUGGAUGCUAAAUCCGAUGCAGAAGUUUUACCUGUCAUUGAUUCCACCACUGAUGCUAGAACCUUGGACCCAAGAGAGGCUGAAAAAGAACAACAACAACACGAGGACGCAAAGGCAGCUGCCACCGCUGCUGUUGCUGCCGCCAUCGCUGCUCCUGUUGCAGCUGCUGUCGCUGUUGAAGCCUCUGAGACUAAGGCUGCUGAAUCCACCACCAUUCCAGAACACAGGGCUGCUGAAUCGGUUCCAGAGCCCGUUGUCGCUCCUGUACCUGAUGCCAUAGAUACUGCCAAGGAUUCCAAGCCUGUUGAAGAGCCAACUGCCGUUAUUGCUACCGAAUUGGUUCCAAAGACAGCUGGUGACAUUGAACCAGUACCAGAGGCCAAGGUUGCCGACCCAGAACCAACCAUCGUUGACGACGUGCCUGGUGUUACUCACAGUACCACCGAGGCCCAAGAAAAGGAAGUCGACGCUGCCCCAGUCUCCAAGAACGCUGCUCCUAGCGCUAUUGGUGCUGCCGCAGCCUCUGGUGUUGUUGCUGGUGCCGGAGACAACGAAUCGGACGAGGAGAUCUUGAUAGCCCAAGGCAAGGGUAACACCGACGACAUCGAGGCUGCCAUUGUUGCCCGCGAGGGCAACGACGUUAUCGUUGAAGAAAUCAAGCCUACUGAGUCUGAGGCUGCCAGAUUGACUGAGGAAGCCCAUAUCAAGAAGCCUGCUGCUGCCGCACCAGCCAAGAAAGAAAAAGAAGCCAAGAAGGAGAAGAAGUCCGGUCGUGUUUCUAGAUUCUUCAAGAAGAUUUUCACCUGAUCUGUACCCUUAGAUAUUCAUGGCUCAUGUUGUAUUCCUUAUGUUCAUUUCCUUAAUUCCUUUUCCUCUUUAAUAGUCUAAUACUAGUUAAUUUUCUGCGUUUAGGUAGUCCAAAUUUUGCACCCGCACUGGAUGAAAUUUCCACCAAAUUGCGGCUCUUCCGUGGUAGCUCGUGCCAGCGACCACACUACGGGCACAUGUGCGGGCAAACGUGGCAGACCAGUUCACGAACCACCAGAGGAGUCACCACCCAGAGGAGUCGCCACGUUUUCCCAUGCUAUUAUGGAUGUAACGACACAACCCAUACUUCAAUACUCUGGAAAACUGUUUCCUUCUGGUGAGCGCAAGCACCACCACCUCUAGCUAC